CUUUUAAAUCAAAAACGAUGAAUGGAUGGUAAAUAUACGGUUCACCCAUACCCAUUAUAAACCGUCUUUUUCACACCUUCCAUUCAACAAGAACUAAUUGUUGCGUAUUUGACCGAUCGAAGCAAGAAGGAACGUUCUGUUUAUUUUCUUUUUUGUUAAAAAAAAAUCAGUAUUUAAAUCGUGAUUUGUAGAAGAAGUAUUAUCAUAAUGCCUCUACACAAAUCUGUAAGAAUUGAGAGAGAUAAUUUAUUUUAAAGAAUCCCAAAGAAGCUUCAAAGACUCAAAAAGGAAAGUAACCAAGAAAAAGUCAAUGGAGAUGGACUCAACUACUACGAUCAAACCGGAGACCCUAUCCACCGUGAGUUCCUCACCUCCGGAGAAAAUCCAUCUCCGGCCAAUGACUCUUUCCGACGUCGACGAUUUCAUGGUUUGGGCCACUGACUCAAACGUCACACGCUUUUGCACGUGGGAGCCUUACACUAGCCGAGAAGCCGCGAUCGCGUACUUAAACGACGCUCUUUUGCCACACCCUUGGCUUAGAGCUAUAUGCUUAGAUAACGACCGUCCGAUUGGCUCGAUCUCCGUAACGCCAGUCGAUGAGAUCAGAGGAGAGAUUGGUUAUGUCCUCGGAAGCAAGUAUUGGGGGAAAGGGAUCGCCACUGAAGCGGUGAGGCUUGUGGCGGGGGAGAUAUUCAAGGAGAAGCCAGAGAUGCAGAGGCUUGAGGCACUUGUUGACGUUGACAAUGUUGGAUCUCAAAAGGUUCUUGAAAAAGUUGGGUUUGUGAAAGAAGGUGUGAUGAGGAAAUUUAUGUAUCUUAAAGGAAAUGUUAGAGAUAUGGUCAUGUUUAGUUUCUUGCCUUCUGAUUCGUUGCACUGAUCUGAUUUGAAUUAACAAAUAUCAAAUAUAUAUAUUAAGUUUGUUUGAUGUCGAAAUUUAUAUUUUGCUUAGUUUGUAAAAAUCACAUGUAUAAUUUGAUGUGAUGCUCUAUCUUUCUUCUUCUUAUGUAAUUGUUAGUUGUAACCUUAUAUAUUAACUAUUUCAUACAAAAGUUAUUUUUUAUAAUUUGAGAGUAAUGUAUUUACU